AUAUUUAUAGUGUUGUUGCUCGAACUGACAGUUCGCAUAAGAAAUAUGCAGUAUUUGUAGGGAUUUUUAACUGUUUCUUCAACAUUAUCGUUCAAUAUGCCGGAAAACAAAGGCAUUGGUCAGAUCAAGGAAUCUGACAAUGUACGCGUAUGUGUCCGAUGCCGGCCCAUGAAUGAGAAAGAAAAGUCAACUGGCUGUAAACUAUGUGUUAAUGUUGACACUGUUCGCUGUGCUAUCAUUGUCAAAAAUCCAAGUGGUACUAAUGAUGAACCCCCUAAGACAUUCACCUUUGACACAGUAUUUGGAACGGACUGCAAGCAAGUGGAUAUUUACAAUGAGGUGGCCAGACCCAUUGUAGAGUGUGUUCUGGAAGGAUACAAUGGUACAAUAUUUGCUUAUGGUCAGACUGGUACUGGAAAGACGUUCACAAUGGAAGGAGUGCGGGCCAUUCCAGAACUGAGGGGAAUCAUUCCUAACUCAUUUGCUCAUAUAUUUGGGGCUAUAUCUAAGGCUGAAGAAGGUGCCAGGUUUUUAGUGCGGACGUCUUAUUUAGAAAUUUAUAAUGAAGAAAUAAAAGACCUGCUGGGGAAAGAUCAGACACAAAGGCUUGAAGUAAAAGAGAGGCCAGACAUAGGAGUUUACGUGAAGGAUCUCUCCGCCUUUGUUGUCAACAAUGCAGAUGAGUUGGAUCGUAUAAUGACCUUAGGAAAUAAAAAUCGUUCUGUUGGAGCCACAAAUAUGAAUGAGCACAGCUCCCGGUCUCAUGCCAUCUUCACAGUGACAAUAGAGUGUAGUGAGAAGGGUCCAGAUGGCCAGCAGCAUGUGCGAGUUGGCAAGCUUCACCUUGUAGAUCUGGCUGGUUCAGAACGGCAAGCUAAGACUGGGGCUACAGGUCAGAGGCUGAAGGAGGCUACAAAGAUCAACCUGUCCUUGUCCACACUGGGUAAUGUAAUCUCCUCCCUGGUGGAUGGGAAGAGCACUCACAUUCCUUACAGAAACUCAAAACUCACCAGAUUACUCCAGGACUCACUGGGAGGAAACUCAAAAACAGUUAUGGUAGCAAACAUUGGCCCAGCUGAUUACAACUAUGAUGAAAGCAUCAGUACAUUGAGGUACGCUAACAGGGCUAAGAACAUCAAGAACAGGGCGAAAAUCAAUGAGGACCCCAAGGAUGCUCUUUUGCGACAAUUUCAGAAAGAGAUUGAGGAUCUUCGUAAACAGCUGGAAGAUGGCGGUGGUGCAGGAAGCUCUGAAGAGGACAGUGGAUCAGAGUGGGAAGAAGGCGAAGAUGGACAGAAAAUUAGAAAGAAAAAGUCCAAAGCAGGCAAACAUCGUAUCUCUAAACAGAAAAUGGAUGAAAUUCAAAGAAAGAUUAAUGAAGACAGGCGAAUGCUUGAAGAGAAGAAAGAUAUGGAAGAAGAAGAAAGAAAUAAAGUGAAGUCUGAUCUGGAAGAGAAGGAAAUGGAGCUGAAAAAAUAUCAAGAGGAGCAGGACCACCUGAGUCAGAAGCUGGCGGCCAUUGAGAAGAAGAUCAUUGUGGGUGGGGAGAACCUGCUGGAGAAGGCUGAGGAGCAGGAGAGGAUGCUGGAGGAGAGCGCUAAGGAGCUGGAGGAGAGGAAGAUGAGGGAGGAGGAGCUGAGGAAGGCGCUCGAGGAGAAAGAGCAAGAAAAGCUGGAGAUAGAGGAGAAGUAUUCCUCCCUUCAAGAGGAGACAGCAGGGAAGACAAAGAAACUAAAGAAAGUCUGGACAAUGCUGAUGCAAGCCAAGUCUGAGAUCACUGACCUUCAGCAAGAGCACCAGAGAGAGAUGGAAGGCUUGCUGGAGAAUGUGAGACAACUGAGUAGGGAGUUGAAACUACAGAUGCUGGUCAUUGAUAACUUCAUCCCUCCUGAGUACCAGGAGAUGAUAGAGCAGUAUGUCCACUGGAAUGACGACAUUGGGGAAUGGCAGCUGAAGUGUGUGGCUUAUACUGGCAAUAACAUGAGGAAACAGUCCCCUCAGCCGGAGAGGGAAAAGGACAAGGUAACAGAGCCUGACCUGUCAAAUGUGUACCUGGCGUAUACAGCAGAGGGUGCUUCUGAAGCUCUCAGGCCUAGAACAUCUAAAGGCAAAUCUGGACGACCCAAGACAGCAAGUAGGCCAAAGACGUCUAAGAAGAAGCGAAAAGAUGCAGACAUAGACUCUUUAUUACAGUGACUUUUCUUUGCAGCUUUAGCCCUUUUUACAUUCAAAAUGUUCCUUCUUGUUGUAGUCCCCUGACAAAAGUAAUAUCCCUGAGCUUCAUUUCUAAAUCUACAUGCUAUAGUUUCCGUAGACAGUUUUUACGUCCUAGUGAGAAUUGUUUUUGAAGUAUGCAUAAGAGGAAUUGUUAAUCCUAACUAUGUUGGUUUGAGGAAUGUAACUACUUGCAAGGCUUUUGCACAGAAGAGACAAAAAUUAAACACGAUCAUUGGCUUUCACUAAGAUUUUGGUUUAUGGACAAACUAAUUACUUUGAUUGACCCAUUUUCCGUAGUUUGUUGUAAAUUCAAAUUGUCACUCACACAUGUGCAUGUUCCUAUCUAUCGUUUUUUUCUCUGUCAGAAGUAGGUUUCCAUACAUUCGAAGCAUUGUGAAAACACUCAUGUUAAUUAAAUUAGUAAAAUUUGGUCACAAUCAUUCCAUGAACUUCCAUUUCCAGCAAUUAAUAAUUAGGUGUAGAAAAUGUUAGCUUAAAUCAUUAUUCUUAAAGCAUAUUUUUCACAUUUGUAUAAAUUUAAGGAAGAAUUGACAUUCGUUCCAUUUUUCUUAUGAUACCAUGUUUGUUUCUUCCCAUGGACUGUAUCCACCAAUCAUAGUCUCAAUGAUUUCCGAGUCUGCCAAAUGUACUACUGUCUGUGAUCUUUUAGGAACUUUAUUUUAUUAUUAUUAUUUAGAAAUAUUAAGUGUACUGUGUAGUAUGUUAUUAUUUUUUGCAUUUAUGUUUAUAUCUAAAUUCGUUCCCAGGUGUGUUUAUAUGUGGGUGUAAACUUUUUUAUGUCAUUCUCUAUUCAGUUUUGUUUUUUAUUUUUUUGGGGGUUUAUUGUGUUUUCUGUAGUUUAUUGGUUUGUGUUGUUUAGGUAAUUUCAGUAUUGAUCUCUUGUAAAGAAAUUCAUCAUCUCAAAAAUAUGAUCUUGUCAUUUUUCAUUAGAGGUUUUGUCUUAAAAUUAUUCUUAAUAUUUGUGAGACUACAGGUAAUAAUUUGACACACCAGUACUUAAUAAUAUGUAUAUACUUUAGGAGUAUACUCCCAAUGUUGCCUCCUACAAAUGUGACAAUAACUAUUGGUUUCCAUUGUACUUACAAUAUGGCCAUAGACUAAUAUGGUUUUGUUGGUGUUUAAACAUUUUACCUGUUGACAACACGUUUUAUGUUUAUCAGAAAGCCAGUUUCACUGCUCAUGUUUUUGUGUUCAACAUGUAAUGGUAAUGCUGGAAUAUGUGUAUGAACAUAAAUACAAAGGCUUUAUGGGUAAAACCAAUGACAUAAUGAUAUCUUUUAUUUGCAUUUUAUGCAAUAAAAACUAUUUAUUGAAAAUUAGCUAUUGGGUGAGGUGGUUGAUUUCCUCUGGUUUUUCACCACUUUCAUCACUCAGUAAGCCAGAACAUCUCCCCACUUAUGAAGUAACAAAGAAAGGCAUAUAUAAUAAUUACCCAAUCAAAUGAAGCUUUUUCUGUACUUCUAUCCCUUGUCAUAGUGUAUUCUGCUGUGUGUACCCCGUAAGAAGGCUAUAGCUGCAAUGAACAUAGAAUUAUUAUAUUUAGUAAUAUUUGUAUAUUAGGCAUAAAUAUAAAUGUGUGUAAAGGCUUACGCCAUAAAGUGUGAUUACCUAUAAUUUGUUCAUUUCGUGUGAUUAAGCUCUAUUUUAACUUGGAGAUAGGAAAAUUACAAGAAAAAAAAAGAUUUAUUUAUAUGAAGUAUCUUUUAGAGAUAUGGUUUGCAUAGUAGUAUAUCAUUGAAGUAGAUGUAGUGAAUUAUAGGCCUGCCAUAUUUAUUCAUUCAUAUUAUUCAGUAUUUUUUACUCAGUUUUUUGGGCAUGUAUUUGCCACUUUUAUUUGAAAGAAAAUACUACAAGAAGAAGACAUGCCAUCAUCAUAAGACACACCAAGGAAAAAUUUUAUUUAAAUACACCUGUACUUAUUUUGUAAAAAUUAAAUGCAUUUAAAUAUUGGAACUUAAAGGUUGGCUUAUAAAUUAAGUUUUCUAUUGUUAGGUGUAAGUGAAACAGAGUAUCGUAAUGCAAUUAAUGCAUGUUUUCAAGAUAUUUGUUAGAAGUAUUUAAUGUACAGGUUUCAGUGGUGUGUCUAAUGAGGGGGGAGGGGGCUGUUUUGUUGUACAUGUAUCUUUAUUUAAACAGUUGUUCGAAGUUUAGACAGAAGCUUGAGGCCAUUGUACAACAGCCAGUACUUCUGUAGUGCAUAUUGAAUAGAUUUCAGACUGAAAUUUUACCUAAUUAACCACAAACAUAUUUGCUCACUGAAGAGGUGUUUUAUUUUUGUGAUGAAAGUAGAAGUUUGAAGGUGCCGAGGUUGAGAGAUCUUGAUAGGAACUUGAAGUAUUGUCAAAAAGGACCAGUGUGUUGUCACUCAUAAUGUUAAUCCAUAGUGCUUUUGUGUGAACUAUCAUUGCAUAAGUAUGUUUAUUACACUGUUAUAUGCACAAAUGUGUGACUUGUCACAAACAAAAAUUCAUCUGCCGGUGCAAGUCAGCUCAGUGUAUAGCAUAUUCUUCAUGGUUUUACCAAGUAGAGCGUUUCAUUCUCAUACAUAUGUACUGUCUCAAAUUUUCAUGUCUCAAUCCGUUAUUAGUACAUGUUCACAAAUAAUAAUAGCCAUGCUAUGUGUUAAUUCCUAAUUUAUUAAUUUGACAUACAUAAUAAAAAGCUUGCA